AUGGACUUUGAGCCUUUGGAAAACUGGUACCCUCAAUCCAGUCCUUCCUUCGCCCACUAUGAUGCCGCUCAGAGCUCCAUCAACUUCGAGUCCUCGGAAGACUGGUACCCUCAACUCGGUACUUCUCUCGCCCGCUAUGACGCCGCACAGAGCUCCGUCGACGACAUAUCUACCUCCUUCCGAACUCCUACAUCCCAUGAGACUGAGAUGGCAGCGACUCAAGAACACAAGGUGCGUGAGAAAUUCAUGGUGAGCCCUGCUGCAUACAACAAUCAUGAUCGCAGCAAUGACGAACCGGUUCGAUGUGACGACGAGGAUGAAGCUAGCAAUCACCAUGACACGUCUACCUCCACGCCGUCGCAAGAGACCGAUACACCCCUCGAAAAGCUCCCGCCCUACAACGAAGAUGGCCAGAUAUACUGCGACCACGUCAGCUGCUUGGGAAAAAACCAGACAUUUCCCCACCCCUAUUACUGGAGAAGACAUAUGCUCGGACACGAGCGAGCAAACACGCACUGGCUAGGGCACCACAAGAAGCGUCCGAAAACACACUUCUGCCCAUUUCCCGAGUGCAAGGUCAACAACAGGUACGAAUUCGCCUCGGCGCGGAGUCUGAGGGGUCACCUGCUGAAGCACUACCCUGCACAGCUCCAUAGUGGCCUCCUCUGUCCGGACGCGAACAGCGCGCCCUGGGAGGCGGCCAGCCACGAAGCGCCAUGGACGCACGACAUCCUGGGACAAGUGGGAGUCCUGCACGGCGAUUCCACAAGCGACGUGUUCGAGGAAGUGCAGCAGUCCAACUUCUCCGCCCUUUUCAACCUUGACCAGGAACCUCCGAAGCAAAAUCCUCUUCCCCCGUCAAAUUUCAGUGGAAACACCCCACUGGUCUCAGAUGUGUCGCAUCAUCAGAGUCAUCAUUACUCCUCUUGUGACACAAUAGCCCGAUCCUCGACGCAGAAUAUGGGCCCAUCCAUCUGCUUCUCAUUCGACCCCGGUGAUGACUGGAGGAAGAUUUCCCAUUGGCGUGACAGAGCGCUAACUCGGGACCGGGUUUGGAAGCGACGGAAGCGCCUGAAGCUCAAGAGAGAAGCCAUCGAGCGCGAACGCCUGAAGCUCAUGAGACAAACCAUCGACCCCGAACGCCGCGUCGAAUCUUCCUCUGAUCCCGAACAGCAACAAAGGGCGCUGGCCACCUUAGCGGCUCCAGAGUCUCCGGAGAAGCCACCUCCGAUUGAAGCUCCGCAGAACCCGGCAGGGAUCUUGCCUUUCGAUGAUUGUUUCUCGCCGUUUGAUACGCCGGAAGCCUACAGCCUCCCUUGGGGAGUCCAUUCCCAGCCAGCGUUCGGCUUUUCGACGCACCCUGCCACCGCCGCCAAUCUGGAGUAUGAGCUACUACUACAGAACACGUACGCUGGUAUACCCAGUUACGACUCAAGUAGCCUGUAUCAGUGGGAUCAGCUCACCCAGCCUACAUGGCCUCCUGACCAUGUAUACACGUACGCUGGUAUACCCAGUUACGACUCAAGUAACCUGUAUCAGUGGGAUCAGCUCGCCCAGGCUACAUGGACUCCUGACCACGUCUACGUUUACAAUAUGCAGGAUUAUCCCAUCGCGAAUGGGCCGCGGGAUGGCCUUCCUCAACAGCCCCUUGAGCAAAUUUGCCCAUGGGAGGGACGGUGA